CUGCUGUAAGUAGUAAUUAGUAUGGUUAAAAACAUGAUUCAGCAACACAUAUGAGAUUUUUAAUGAGCUUCCUUAAACUAUUUUAUGGAAUUGUUACUAACCUGUUAUUUCUAUUAUAUUUAAUGUCAGAAAUGAUGAGCAACAACGAAGAACUUGACAGUCAUUCUAGUACCAUCACAAAUGUGGCAACUACUCCUACAAUAGUAGUUUCUCCUAAAGUAGCACCUUUGCUCACUCCUGGAGGAACAAAAGAAUGGCUUCCAAUAUGCCCCAAUGAGUUGAAACCAGCUAUAGGGAUGAAGUUUAAUAAUCUUGAAGAGGGCCUUGAAUUUUAUAAAAGAUACGCAUUUGCUGCUGGAUUCAACACAAGAAAGUCUACAACUAAAAGGCAAAGAAGAAGCAAAGAAUUGAAAUCACAUUAUAUCUUAUGCAAUAAAGAAGGAUACAAAGAGAAAAGAAAGCCUACUGUUGAAAAAGAUUCAAAUAACAACGAAGGAGAAAGCAAUGAAGAAAAAACUUCAAUCAAAAGGAAGAGACUCGUUACUCGUGUUGGGUGCAAGGCACAUAUUGUCAUAAAGCAUUGUGAUGAUAACAAAUUCAUAGUGUCACAAUUUCAUGAGGGACAUACUCAUGCACUUUAUACACCUAGUUGCAAUCUCUUCCAAAAAGAAGGAAGAAAAAUGAACAUAUUGCACAAAAAAAUAAUUGUGAAUAAUUCUAAGGUGAAUAUUGGUCCUGUUGCAACUUUUCGAAUGAUGAAGGAAAUUGUUGGAGGAUAUGAUAACAUCGGUGCAUCUAAGCAAGAUUUCAAAAAUUUUCAUAGAGAUUUGAAAGCAUACAUUCAAGGAAGUGAUGCUCAAAUGUUCGUGGAUAACUUUACCAACAAAAAGCUAAUGUGGAGCGCUUUUUUCUUUGAUUUUGAGAUGGAUGAAGAUUAUUGCCUUUGUAGAGCAUUAUGGGCUGACCCCCUUUGUAAAAAGAGUUACGCUCUUUUUGGUGAUAUGGUAUCCUUUGAUACCACAUACCAAACCAAUAGGUACAACAUGGUGUUUACUCCAUUUACAGGGGUUGACCAUCAUAAGAGUUGCAUUACUUUUGCUGCUGGUUUCAUAGCGAAGGAAGAUAUAGUGUCAUUUGAGUGGUUGUUCAGAUCAUUUCUUAAAGCAAUGGGUGGAAAUGAACCGAAUUGUAUGAUUACAGAUCAAGAUCCAGCAAUGAAAAUUGCUGUUAAAAGUGUGUUUAACAAGACUGAACAUCGGUUCUGUAUGUGGCACAUAAUGAAAAAGUUACCAGAUAAGGUGGAGAAAUCAAUCAUGCAAGAAGAAACUGGUUUCCUAAAAAAAUUAUGUGCUUGUGUUUGGCAUCUUGAAAUUGAACCUGCUGAGUUUGAAGAAAGGUGGAACAAGGUGAUGGUUGAAUACCACUUGGAAGAACAUGAGUGGUUAGGUUAUAUGUACAAGAUAAGGAACAAGUGGAUUCCGGCGUAUUUCAGAGAUGUGUUCCUUGGAGGAAUAAUGCGUACAACAUCAAGAUCCGAAAGCGAAAACAACUUUUUCUGCUCCUUUAUCAAUCCUCAUGUGUCACUUGUUGAGUUUUACUUGAGAUAUGAAGCUGCAAUUGAUGCCCAGAGACACACUCAAGGUCAAAAUGAUAAUGAUUCAAAGCACAAAUAUCCUGAGUGCAAAACACCACUAGGGAUAGAAAAACAUGCCUCGCAUUUAUAUACUAACUCUGUCUUUUAUGAAUUUCAAUAUGAGAAAGAAAAUGGAUUGGAAGUUGCAAAAGUAAGUGAAGGAAAUCGAAUUAGAACAUUUGAUGUUGUGUUUAAUCCAACUAACUAUGACACCUCAUGUUCUUGCAAGUUGUUUUAUAGACAAGGUAUUCCAUGCAGACAUAUGAUUUGGGUUUGGAAAGCAAAAAGGUUUGAAACCAUUCCUGAGCAGUAUAUGCUACACAGAUGGAUUACUAUGGCACUAAAAAAACCAAUUUUUGACUUGGGUGGAAACCUGUUGGAGCAAUGUGCUAAUUUAAUUGACAAGAAAAAAUUGUUAAAUGACUUAUGGUCAGAGAUACACACUUGUAUAAGUUUGGCAGAAGGAAAUGAUGAAGAUAUUCAAGAUCUUGUGAUAAAUCUUCAAGGAAUAAGAAAGGAUUUGGAAGCUAAGAGGAUUGCAAGAAAUAAUGAAACAACAGGAAGUGCAAACAACAAAGCACAAGACAUUGAGCUAUUGAUUGGAGCUAGUGUGCCAACUGAAAUAAUUUUCAAACCUCCAAAAAUUUCAAAGAAUAAAGGGACUGGAGUUCAUGUAUCAAAUGAAGAGACUUCAAAAGAGAAAGGGGCUGGGAUUGAUGUACCAAAUGUUGAAACAAGAGGUAGAAGUGCAAAAAGGCUUAAGGGAGAAAAAGAAAAGUGUGUGUCUGUGUCAGUGUGUGUGUAUGUGCAUCUGUCUGUGUGUGUGUCUGUGUGUUGUGUGUGA